GCUGGGAGUGGAGGAGAGCCCCGGGGGCCCUCCUCCCACCAGAGGGGGUGGCGCGCUGGGGGCCAUAGCCAAGGAUGGGAGAGGAGGAGUAAAGACAGUGGAAGUGGAGCUGAGGAGAAGGUCGGGAGAAGGAUUUGGAUUUGUCAUCGCUUCUCAGGAAGUGACCAACGGGGCCCCUCCCUGAUGUCUCACCGGUUCAUGACGGUGCGUCGUGGCAGCCCUGCGGCCCGUAGUGGUCAGGUCCAGCCCGGUGACCAGCUGGAGACGGUGGAGGGCCGGCCGGUCUCAGGCCUGCAGCACCGGGACCUGGCCCAGAUCCUGAGGAGGGCUGGGACCACGCUGAGACUCAGCAUCACACCCAGACCCCACUCGUCCCCUGUGUCAGAGGCAGCAGAUCUGGAUAUGGACGGCCGCUUGAUGAAAGGGCCCAGAGGGAGGUCAAAGGACGAGGCCAGGUUCUACAACGUGGAUCUGGAGCGAGGUCCUACAGGUUUCGGUUUCUCUCUGAGGGGGGGCAGCGAGUACAACAUGGGACUAUAUGUUCUGGGACUGAUGGAGGGGGGGCCGGCCCAACGCAGCAACAAGAUACAGGUGUCGGACCAGCUGGUGGAGAUAAACGGAGACAGCACAUCGGGGAUGACUCACAGUCAGGCUGUGGAGCAGAUCAGGAGGGGGGGGCACCGAAUCCACCUCAUCCUCAAGAAAGGAAACGGAUACGUGCCCGACUACGGCCCUGAGGAAGGAGCCCUCUCCCCCUCCUCCUCUUCACACACAGAGGAGACACAUGUGGAAACUGUAGCCGUGACAACCGCCUCCCUCAGCCAGCAGCAGAGGGGAGGAGGUGGUACAGAAGGAGGAGGAGGAGGAGGAGGAGAGAGGAGGAAGACAAGGAGAGAGGGAGAAACCAAACGAAGAACAACAGGAGGAAGAGGAGGGUUAGGGCCUCCUGAUUUGGACCUAGACGCGGUGGAGAAGGAGGCACGAGAGGAGGAGGAGGAGAGGAGGAGGAGAAGCCAGACUCUCAGGCAGAAGGGGAAGUGGGAGAACCAGAGGGAGCAGGGAAGGAGGAGCAGAAGCUUACCCAGGAUCAGUGCUCGAUCCUGGGACGCGUUGCUUCCGCCGGAGGGGGUGGAGAUGGAGGAGGAGGAGGAGGAGGAGGAGGAGGAGGAGAGGAGGAGGAGGAGCGAGACGAAGAGCAGGAGGAGGGUGACAGCGGCCAACAGAGAGGGGGAGGAGAGGCAGGAGAGAGAUGACAUCACCCCCCGCCGCGCAAAGCACUCUGGGAGUUCCGGUGCGCCUCAGAAGACCGUGUUUUCCUUCCUCAUGCCGAGGGACGACGAGAGCGAAUUCGACAGCCAAUCGGCAGCCAGCUUCUCAGAGGUCAGCCAAUCGGCAGCCAGCGUCGCCACAGCCGCCGGGUGGAGGGAGGAUUCCGAUUGGAGGAGAGCAGAGUCACUGUGGCAACAGGGGAACGCCCCGGGCCCCUGGCUGAAGCCGAGCCCGCAGAAACUUACAAAGGUUUUGAUUGGCUGUCGGCUCGGUGGGCGGGAAGCUCUCUCUCUCUGA